AUGCGUAAUUACUGCGCGUAUGGGAAUAUCGUAGUGUUGUUUUGUUUCGGGUUGUUCACAGUGACUCUGAUGGAGGACUCAAACACUGUGGAGUUCGUGUACGUGCCGGCGUCGAAGCAACCUUGUAUCGUGAUGGUGAAGACGUUGAAGAAGAACACGUUCUGCACGGGUGCUCUGCUGACGCCCAGCUGGGUACUGAUGGCCGCCCACUGUGCGGAAGGGGAGGAAGACUCCUCGAUACGCGUUUACGUCCGCAAAGUGCCCGAAUCCGGGAACGACACCGAAUCGUACCAAGAGAUCGUCAGUGAGUCGUUCAUCAUCCCCUGGGGUUACAUGUUACAGCAGACGUUCGGCAAGUCAGACAUCGCCCUGGUGGACAUCGGGAGCAAGUUCAACUGGUCCUCGGUGCCCGGGGGGUUCACGAGGUGCCCGGUUCCGACCUCGGUCGUACACCCGAUUCUGGAGACCGAGUGUAACGUCGUCGGAUUCAAUCUCACCCACAACUCCACGACGUUCCCUGAUGCCCAGAUGCCCCUGGUCAUCUACCACCUCCGGGUGCAGAAGCAGUGUGUGGACUACUACAACAUCGUCGAGAAGACCAACCUCCUCUACCGCAGCUGGCUCUGCCAGGAAGACUACAAACGCGUGAAUGAACAGUUCUCCUUCUCGGAGUCACUCCUGUUUUGCGGAGUGGACCAACCCGUCCUCAGCGGACUGGCGAUCGGCCGCCUGCAGUCCCCGGAUGAGAACAACCCCCGCCCACUCGUCUUCACGGACAUGUGCCCCUACCUGACCUGGAUCCGAGCCUAUGUCGGCCCGAGUGUGAUGCGCAGUCCGGGGGACCAAGGGUCCGGCUGCUACGUCAGCUUCGGCCAACCCCCGAUAUCGGUCACGUUCAUUGUUCUUGUAUCUUCGGCUCUAGUUUCUCUGCAAUUACACUUGUAA